AAAGCAAAGCCGAUAUAAAGAGAAAUGCACUGCCGGACAGGAAGCCGAAAGCCCAGUAUUCGUUCACGCCGAGAUCGCCUGUGCUCUGUGACAGGCCAAUGUACACUAGGCUAUUCACCAGCCUGGUGGAAAGGGAAUUAAACACCCAGAAAAGUGUGCUUAAAAAUAUUUUAAAAAACUGUUUCUCUUCUUGCAGUGGAAUAGGUUUCAGAUAAUAGGAGCUCUAGGUAUUUGGCUAUAUGACAGCAGAAAAUAGACGCGAAAGGGCAGAUGGGCCGGAAUCACUGAAUUUCAUCAAAGGAUGGUUGAUCUGGAAACAGUCACCGACAGCCACCGGUAAAGGGCAAGUGAUUGCCUGCCAUGGCGUAUAUGUACUGUACAUAGCCGACAUUGAUUCUCGAAUGAUACCGACGUAGACCUAAAGAUUCUUUUGCAGACAAGUUUCAGUUUGGAAAUCCUUUGCGAUCGUAAGUCGGAAAAUGAGUAUUAGUAAAGGGGUUUUUUUGUUCCAAUUUCUUUGUAGGUCUUAUUUAAACAAAAAAUAAUAUUAACGUUAAUGUCUGUAGACAUGGAUAGGCUAUUGUUUUUGUUUUAAAGCAGUCUAUUUACCGACUGUGUAACGUUUAUCACCCGUGAAUAAUAUAAGGACUGUUAUCGGGCAUUCCAUUUAUACCCAUUAUGGAAAGCUCACUAAAUCAAUAAAGAUUUGGGAACAUUACAAAGCACAGCGAUCGAUAGCAGCCUACCACGCACGUAAGAUUAAAACAACAGGAAAUACGCAACACACACCACGUUGAUUGUCUUGACCGUCAUGUUAAACAGGUCGAUUACAGAUGGUAAAACAGCUGAAUCGUUUGAUCCCUUCAUUCACAAAACCCCGUAGGGUGUCAGCCCUGGUAAAUUCAGAUUUCUGUUCUCCAAUUUCUAAAUACACGUACAUGUAGUACGAUUUCAGAGUAGUUCACGCUUGUACGCUUGAGUGCAUGUCACCGGUUUGACAUGCACUCACAUUAUGAUGUGACUUGCACUAUACGACACUCCGGUCUGGAUUGGAUUGAGCGAACGCUUUCCCAUUGAUUGUGCUCGAUUUGGAUGGGUGCAGGUGAAGUGGCUUGUAUUUAGUCACAAACGGUCCUAGCCUAAGACCAGCAUCGAAGCUAUUAACAGGACUCGCAUGGGAGCACUUACAUGCGCACGUAGAGCAUAGGCAGACCGUAGCGGCUAAAAUGUGAAGCUGUAGCCACCACAAAGUUGGAUGACUGACAGAUCGUCACUCCUUUCAUUUUGGUGAAAGGAUUGAUGCAUUACGCAUUUGGGGAGCAAAAUGGUUUGCUCUGUUAGGCAGAGGUUCUUCGGUUGGUUUGCCGCCCUCUGCACUUUCUUCGUUGUUGUCCAGAUGAUGCUGAUUAUCAAACAACAGAGAAUUGACAUCCUCGGCGGGCAAACCAACAAGGACGCCAGUCCCCUCGACCCUGCAUCGGGCCAACAUAACAAAACUGUUAGGAGAAACGAAGCCCAGAAGUCGGCCCACCGUGGCCGUGGAAAACUCCCUCAAAUAGCUGAUAAAUUUCUCAUUGACCCAUCUCCCUCGAACAACAGUCUGUGGCCUUUUCACCGACGCUGGGACACCAACUGCUCAGCCAUAUUUGCAGGCGAUACAAGAGUUAUUCGACCGACCUAUCACAGGUUGAAGGAGGAGCGUCAAGCGCAUAAUGGCUCGAUUCUGGUGCCGGAGGACCACGAGGUGCAGACAUGGACGCGCUACUGUGAAUCAUACAAGCGCCUGAGGCGAUAUCCAAGCAGCCCGCGCUCGAAGGAAGAGGCUGAAUUCCCCGUUGCAUACAUCAUCGUUGUUCAUAAGGAGGCAGCCCAGGUCGAGCGACUCUUGAGGGCCAUUUACCAACCUCAGAACCUCUACUGCAUCCACCCUGACACAAAGUCGUCGUCGGACUUCCAUCGGGCGAUCAGGGGGCUGGUGGGCUGCUUCAAAAACGUCUUCGUCGCGUCAAAGACUGAAGAUGUGCAGUUUGCCGGGUUCACCAGGCUCUUGGCCGAUAUCAACUGUAUGAGAGACCUGACUGGUCCGAGAGGCGACGAGUAUCGCUGGAAUUACGUCAUAAACCUAUGCGGGCAGGAUUUCCCACUGAAAACUAAUCUGGAGAUUGUUCGACAACUCAAGGCCUACAAAGGUCACAACGAUAUCACCGGCGUCCUAGCGCCACCACACUACAUUGGCAGGACCUCUUACCAUCAUGUCAUCGAAAACAAGCAAGUCAAAAGGACCAGCAGGGCCAAGGCGCCCGCACCUCAUGCACUGAAAAUCCACUUCGGGAAUGCUUACUACGCAGCCACCAGGCACUUCGUUGACUAUGUCCUGACUAGUCCAGCAGGUACCGACCUCUUGCGCUGGUCCAACGACACUUACAGCCCGGACGAACACUACUGGGUCACCUUGCAGCGUGCGCCCGGGACGCCGGGCGGCUACCCGCACCCGACGUGGGACGGGAACGUCAGGUUCAUGAAGUGGUGGGGAGACGAUAUGAAAUUGCCAUGGUGCAGGGGCAUGUACGUGCGGUUCCAGUGUAUAUUCGGCGUCGGCUACCUAGAGUACCUCGCCACGCAGCCUCACCUCUUUGCUAACAAAUUCUACUACAGCUACGACCCGGUAGCGAUACAGUGCUUAGAGGAGGCGCUCAUCAGCAGGACUCAAAACCCUGCACUAUCAGACAGGCUUCCUAAUUUCCCCGUCACGAACCUCGUGUGGCAAAACCAUACAGCCUUACCGUAACCAAGUGUAUGAUUUACCCCUCAACUAAGUAGGCACAAGGGCAUCUUUUGAAAUGUGUCAACUGGAAAUGGACGGAGACGCUGGUUUGUAGAGAUCCUGACACAAUCUUAGGAUGACGACAUAUUACGGGCAAUAUGGUGACAUCAUGAGAUGUUUUAACGCAGGAAUGGAAAUGCCACAUCCUGAGUUAAUUUAUCAUGGGAUGACGACAGCGUAAAAGUGAUAUGAUGACAUUAUUUGUCAAUGAGUGCCAUGACAAACCACCUUGAAAACAGGUGGCCCGAGGUGCUAAUGUUUUUCAAUGCAUUGUCCUGUUGCCAUGGUAUUAAUUAGAAUAAUAAAACGUCAUGAUGUCUCUGGAUGAUGACAUCCUGAGCUAAUGGUUAUUGUCAUUACCAGGAGGAUGUCAUCAUCCAAAUUUUAGGAUGUCGUCAUCCCAUGAUAAAUUAUCUCAGGAUGUCGACAUCUUGCCUUUGUUAUGUCGUCAUCCCAAGAAAAAUAUGUCAAGAUCUCAACAAGUCGGAUGGCACUCUCAAAGUUCCGUAGUAAAAGGCUUGUUCCUUGGCAAGGAUGGCAUGCGUAUAAUGAGAGCCUGAAUACUUCGUGGCAGUGUCGCCUCUGUGUGUACCUAUGUCGCGCGAAUUUGAUCAAAUAUUUGAGCCGGCGAGAAACCUUUCGAAUAUUUGGUUGUUCGUAUAUAGUGUUUUGUUUCAGUUGGAACUAAAUACUGAUUUGUAUGUUGGCCUACACCUAGGCCCAUUUCAUACAUUUCAGUAAAUAUACAUAUAAUGGUCUCACUUGGAGAAAAAAAUAUGGCUGCACCCCCUACAUGUUCCUUAAUUUGGAAAAUUGAGAUUGCCAAUAUUAAGGAGCUGUAAUGAUCAGUUCUGAAGAGGAUUUUGAGAAGAAGGUACAUGUAUACUAGACUGUGGGUGAUGAGGAGCGACGUAGUUGAAAUUAAUUGAAAAGCAAGGAAAAACUGUGAAUUGAAGAAGUAGAGAAUUAUUUUGUUGUGUUUUCAAAAGCAGAUGACACCAAACUAAAGCGAUGUCUGUAUAAUCUGAGGUGCAUCUUGUGAAAUGGCCCAGUUGUCGUAAAGUUGGCCAUGUUGUUAUAGCUAUGGCACUGGGAAGGCACGGGCCUGCAGCGCGACGCCAUUCAUUCCCGUGGUUUUAAACACCGGAGAGAUGACCGACAUGAUGGCUUGGAUGCAAGAAGGAGGGGUCCUUGCCACUGCCAAUUCCCUCUCUGUGUGUCCCUUGUUUGUCAGGAACUAUACUCGUCCAUCUCUGGCAAGGCUCCCAGGUGGUCCUGUAAGGACCAUGACGUGGCCGUUAACAUGGGUGUCGCCCUGGUAGGGCGUACUCUCGAAUUAAGCACCGCAGAAGCUUAGACGGGCUGACCUCUUGGCCUAAGGGACUUCAUGUAAGACAUAAGUUUUCUUUUCUAGUGACAAGUCUGUACGGUGCUUACCCAUCUUCGCUACUUAAAUUUAAAUUGCUUUGAUGCCCAGACACAGCUUUCUGUUAUAAAGGCACAACCAAACAAACGAUAAUUGUAUGAUACGUCCGUCAGUAGCCUUGGUCAAGGCGUUUGUCAUUCGUCGCAGCGCACGGCAUGCAGUGCGCACCUGCCGCUUGAAAUCAGGGCGAAGAGCGACCUCA